AGUUUCUCAAGUGGUGUGCGCAAUACUAUUAAAAGAUCCAAAUUAUGUGUAAAUCUUCAUAAGUUGGAAAGCAAUAAUAAAUGUUGGUUUGUGCAUGUAAAAGUGUUAUAAAUAUAAUUUAAAUAAUAAUGUAUACCGGUAUAGUGAAUAUUUUUUUGGUUUCCAUUGCCAUAGUCACAGCAUCUUCCAAAGAAUCAUCACCAGACAUCGUGGCAAUACCUGGGGGUCUUAGAGGCGAUGCCAUAACUACCAGAUACUGGGAUUGUUGUGUUGUAUCUUGCAGUUGGGAUGCUAACGUUCAUACCAAAAAUCGUCAACCAGUGAAAUCUUGCCAAAAGAAUGGAGCAACCUAUAGUACAAGGGAGAAUAAUGGAAAUUCGGUCUGUUAUCCUGACCAUCCCGGAAAUGCAUAUGUUUGUAACAAUAAUUCACCAUUCGUAGUUAAUUCCACUCUUGCUUAUGGAUUUGCCGGUGUAUCUUUUCAAGGUGGAGCUGACGUUGAACAUUGUUGCCAUUGUUACCUUUUAAGUUUCAAAGGUAAACUUCAAGGAAAACAGAUGUUGGUUCAAACCAUUAACACAGGAGCUGAUGCUGUGGCCCAUCAUUUCGAUUUACAAAUUCCUGGUGGAGGAGUUGGUUACAAUACACAAGGUUGUCGGAUCCAGUGGAAUGCUCCUGAGAAUGGAUGGGGUGACCGUUAUGGUGGAGUUCAUUCGGAGCAAGAAUGUAAUCAAUUACCAUGGCAACUACAGGCAGGUUGUAAAUUUAGAUUCCAAUUCAUGCAAGGAGUUUCGAAUCCAGACGUAUCUUUCCAGGAAGUUAAAUGUCCAUCACAGUUAGUGUCCAUCACAGGCUGUGGAGAUCUUUAAAAUAAUAAUUGUGUAUUUGAUUUUUUUGUUGGAAUUUAUUAAAAAAUGUUAACUGCU